ACAGAAUGUGAAGUUAUACAACUUCACUUACAUUAUAUCAUGAGAGUGACAUGUGUGUAUUGUUUUGGUAUGUGCAUGUGAGCGCACAUGCGUGCAUAUUAUCAAACUGUUAAGAGUGACAACUCCUGUCUCACCAAACUGUUAACCAUGAUUUUUGCUUCUUCACAAUUUUCUGUGUUGUCUGAAUUCCCUAUAGAAAGAUAGAUUUUCAUAUAAUCAUUUAAAAAAAAUUUUAAAGACAUACUCCAGAACAGGCAUAUUCAUCACAAACACCACUUUACAGGAUAAAAGAUACAGGAGAAAAAGGUAUGUAGAUGCAUGCCUGUAGCCAGUUUGGAUGCAACUACCAUGUGUUGCUUUCCAUCUUUCUCCAAUACUACUAGAGAAAUCAGCAGAAAGCUACAGACUCAUCAUUGCAAAUUCAUCAACACUACUAGAAAAGACAACAUUGCAAGUUAGCGUAUCUAUACAUAAAGAUAUCUCACAUAACACUCCAGUCACCCUAUCAAUUUCACAGUUUCUUAGUUCUAUCUGGAAGAAGUACUUCAUCAAAUUUUCAAUGUCAAAACACGAAUGCAUGUCAAUCUAUGAGGGAAAUACAAUCUUGAAGGAAAAUAUACGCAAAAUGAAGGUAGACCUGUAAAAGCCCACUGGAUGGCAAAGAGGAUCCCUGGCUGAAAAAGUUUUGAAAAUACCAUUUUUUGCUCUACUGGCAGGAUUUCAUGGCAUGAUGUCUCACGGAAGGUUCUCUGCUCCCAGACAUGGGUCCCUCGGCUGCCUGCCUCAGAAGCGCAGCGGGAAGCAUCAUGGGAAGGUGAAGAGCUUUCCUAAGGAUGACCCUUCCAAGCUGGUCCACCACACAGCCUUCCUGGGAUACAAGGCUGGCAUGACCAACAUUGUGCGGGAAGUCGACAGGCCAGGAUCCAAGGUGAAGAAGAAGGAAGUGGUAGAGGCUGUGACCAUUGUGGAGACACCACCCGUGGUGGUUGUGGGCACUGUGGGCUACGUGGAAACCCCUCGAGGCCUCCAGACCUUCAAGACUGUCUUCACUGAGCACAUCAGCAAUGCGUGCAAGAGAUAUUUCUAUAAAAACUGGCAUAAAUCUAAGAAGAAGGCCUUUACCAAGUACUGCAAGAAAUGUCAGGAUGAGGAUGGCAAGAAGCAGCUGGAGAAGGACUUCAGCAGCAUGAAGAGGUACCGCCAAGUCAUCUGCAUCAUUGCCUACACCCAGAUGUGCCUGCUUCCUCUGCGCCAGAGGAAGGCCCACCUGACAGAGAUCCAGGUAAAGGGAGGCACCGUGGCCAAGAAGCUGGACUGGGCCCACGAGAGGCUCGAGCAGCAGGUACCUGUGAAAAAAGUGUUUGGGCAGGACGAGAUGAUCGACGUCAUCGGGUUGACCAAGGGCAACGGCUACAAAGGGGUCACCAGUCGUUGGCACACCAAGAAGCUGCCCCGCAAGACCCACCGAGGCCUGUGCAAGGUAGCCUGUAUUGGGGCACAGCAUCCUGCCCCUGUGGCCUUCCCUGUGGCACGCGUUUGGCAGAAAGGCUACCAUCACCGCACUGAGAUCAACAAGAAGAUCUAUAAGAUCAGACAGGGAUACUUUAUCAAGGACAGCAAACUGAUCAAGAACAAUGCCUCCACUGACUAUGACCUGUCUGACAACCACCCUCUGGGUGCCUUUGUCCACUAUGAAGUGACCAAUGACUUUGUCAUGCUGAAAGACUGUGUGGUGGACACCAAGAAGCAAGUGCUCGCCCUUCACAAGUCCUUGCCAGUGCCAACCAAACGGCGGGCUCUGGAGAAGACUGACCUUAAGUUCAUUGACACCACCUCCAAGUUUGGCCAUGGCUGCUUCCAAACCAUGAAGGAGAGGACAGCAUUCAUGGCACCACUCAAGAAAGACCGAAUUGCAAAGGAAGAAGGAGCUUAAUGCCAGGAACAGUUUUUGCAGCUGGUGGGGUCUUAAAGUUAUUUUCUACUGGAAAAAAAAAAAAUACCAUUUUUGAGAUAGCAUUCUGACAAUGCCCAUUCACAAAAGUUUUAACUUUUGUAGGCUCUCCAGAGCAAGGGGCAAAUUCAAGGAGCAGUGGGGAAGAGACAGUACAAGCAAAUAAGAACUUACAUUUUCACUUUAAAAAUAUUUUGGAAAACACUAAAAAUAUUUCUGUCGGAGAUCCAAAUUUAAUAUUGGAGGAAUAAGGUAUCUGAAGGUAUCUAAUCUUAAAAAAUUAUGAUUUGAGUACAAUGCUAGUUACAUUAUUUCUGAAUUGCAGUAAUUUUAUUCCUUAUAAAAGGCACAAGAGGAUUAAAAAGUAUGGGUUAAUUACAGCAACCUUCUUAGUCAAAAUAAAUAGCACAGAAAAAAAUGAACUUUAAAAAACAAAUAUGGUAGAUUACUCUGAAAUGUCACAAUAUCAUUACAGCAGACUAGCUGCCCAUGAAUACGUUUGUGAAGGUGGGAUGUAUACGUAGACAGGCAGACUGGCUGGCAGGCAGAUAGGCAGGCAGGCUGACAGAGAAAAGGAAAGGAGAUAUGGAAUGAAGAUGAAGAAAGGGACUCUAUAGCACAUGGAAAAAAGAAAGAAAAAUUCUAUUCUGUCUCAUGCUGCAGAUGCCCUCAGGAAAUGUCAUUAAUGACACGUUCUCAUUACAGAAAUUCCCUAGAAUGGUCAGAGAACCUGCUUUUUUUAUUCCCAGAUCAAAAACUACAUGCACUCUUUUGUACAUCAAGGCUCAUGCAUAUACAGCACGUGGCUAAGAAAUUAUUCUCUGCCCAGCAUGUCCUCAUCAAGGUAUAUCUGUGGCCUGCUGUAACCUCUACUGACAACACUGACAGUUGCACAGGAAGACCAACACAAAGACAGAGCAAACAGACAUAGAACAGAUAAUAAAUCUGUCAAAAUUGUAUUCUGAGAUUCAAGAUUUUUUGGUCCACGUGAUAAUUUCCAAAUGCAUUUAGACCUUGCAUCACUUAAGACUUUCUGGCUUUCCCAGCUUUUCUGUCAAGCUGCAGCAGUCUUUUUUCUUU